UUACAGGUUUUCACAUCUCAAAAAGACAGUGAAUCCCGGCCUCCCGGAGCAGAAAUCCACGGAGGCAAUGAGGAACUAUUUUAGAUUCUAAAACUAAGAUUGAAGUGAUGGCCUCAACGGCAAAUCUGGAUGUCGGAGUCCCGCUGAUUGUGGAAAAUUGCACAAGCAGCUACAGCCUCUCUGCUUUGCCCGACGUUAAAAUCGAACACCAGCUGGACCCAAAUCCAGAAGAAGGCCCCGCCCAGAGUGUCGCCAUGGGAAUGAAGUUCAUCUUGCCCAAUAGAUUUGACAUGAACGUGUGUUCCCGGUUUGUGAAGUCCUUGAAUGAGGAAGACAGUAAAAAUAUUCAAGAUCAAGUUAACUCUGACCUUGAGGUGGCAUCUGUCUUAUUUAAAGCUGAAUGCAAUAUCCAUACAUCUCCUUCUCCGGGAAUUCAAGUAAGGCAUGUCUACACUCCAUCAACCACAAAACAUUUCUCCCCCAUAAAGCAGUCGACUACUUUAACUAACAAACAUAGAGGAAAUGAGAUCUCUACAACGCCUCUGCUAGUAAAUUCCUUAUCUGUUCACCAACUGGCUGCUCAAGGGGAGAUGCUGUAUUUGGCGACCCGCAUUGAGCAAGAAAACAUAAUCAAUCAUACGGAUGAAGAAGGAUUUACUCCUUUGAUGUGGGCCGCUGCCCACGGGCAAAUAGCGGUGGUGGAGUUUCUGCUUCAGAAUGGGGCCGAUCCUCAAAUUUUGGGGAAGGGGCGAGAGAGCGCGCUGUCGUUAGCCUGUAGUAAAGGCUACACUGACAUUGUGAAGAUGCUGCUGGACUGUGGAGUGGAUGUCAAUGAGUACGACUGGAACGGGGGGACGCCUCUACUUUAUGCUGUGCAUGGAAAUCACGUGAAAUGUGUAAAAAUCCUCUUGGAAAAUGGAGCCGAUCCAACUGCCGAGACGGACUCUGGAUAUAAUUCUAUGGAUUUAUCCGUAGCCCUGGGCUACCGUAGCGUUCAACAGGCUAUUGAGUCCCAUUUAUUGAAGCUCCUUCAAAACAUCAAGGAAUAGACUUCGUUCAAGAAAAUGUUUUGUGCUCAAUAGUCUGUGUUUUUUUCAGCCCUGACAAGUGAUAAUGAUUUGUUUACUACUUAAAAUUUUACCUCAAUCUCCAUAUUUGCUGUUUCAGUAGAUCUUCCUCCACAUAAUCCACUGAAGUUAAUAGUCUCUGUUAAUUGUCCAUUUUGUAAAUGUGUUUUAUUGUAUAUUUAAAUAUGUAAGUUAAUGUUUCGUUGCAUGAAAACUUUUCAAGAAAACCCAAUUUCAUCAGUCUUCAUAUCAAGGACAGUCAUUUGACACCGUGAAGUCUUUCCACACCGCUCUGGCUUCCCUGUCCUAUUCACCUCUUGGCUAUAAAAAGAUUAGGUGAAUGGGGAUAGAAGACAAGCUUCCUUUAUUAGUAGGAAUAGUAUUUAUUAAGUGCUUACUGUAUGCAGAGCACUGCACAAAGCGCUGAGAAAGAAUACACACCUGAUAUUCCAGGUGCCUCACAAUCUAAAAAUCGGGGGGCUCGGGGUUUUGGGACAAGACACAGCAGGAAGGAUGCAAUCAGGUAAAGACAAACCAUGCGUAAGAGGUUCUCUGCAGGUUCUGGGGCUGCACUGAGGAGCCACAGGCAAGAAGUGGAGGUGCCAUCACAUCUCCACAUCGGGCUCCAAGUGAAACUAAGGACUCAACCAAGAAGACACCAUAAAAGAACAAGAGUGCACCAGCCCGGCAGCAAAGGGGACCUGUAGGGCCCUCCUGAAAUUUUUAGAGGCUGUUUGAAAUCCCCUGCAGCCUGGCAGGCACAGGGCCGGGAUGGACCGGGUCCCCCGGGCAUGUCGCUGGACCGUGUUUAUUGUUCAAAAGUACAAAAAGUGCACAAAGUGUGAUCGUUUACAAUCAGUCCCUAUUAAAAUACCGUGUCAUUUGGCAUGCUUGUUUU